GUGGGGUCAAGACACUUCAAAGAUGAAGACUACCUUCUACCCAACACAUCUGGUCGACAACUGCUCAAAGGGGGAGUUGUUCCUUUCAAGUUUGAUUGGUCAUCCAACUUCAAAGCACGAAGAAAGAUAAUUCGACAUGUCGAGAGGUAUUGAUGAUCUAUUGUGAGUAUUCCAGUAAUACCAUUAUAGUAAAAUUGAUUUACAAUUAAAAUUUAGCGCAUCAAUCAUUAUUCUACACAUGGUGAUCUGGAAGUAUUUUAAUAACGUUACUCUUCUCUUCACAGAGAUACCCAAACAGAUGAGAGUGAUGAUGAACAUGAAAGUCAAUCAGACGUUAGCCCAACCAUAUACAGCAUGCACUCAGAAAUUCAGUCCAUCAAGGCACAGCCACUGGCUAUGCAGAAACAGCUACUGAAAAGAAGAGAUGAAACUAAAGCAGCUCAAGAGGAAGUAAAAGUGGUAAAAACCCAAGCUGCAAUAGACAUUGAGGAAAUAAAAAGGCAAGCAGCUGAACAAUUGGCACUCAAUAAAUUUGGGCCAGAGAGAUUUGGCACAAAUAAUGAUUCAAUAAAAUUUUACACCAGCUUCCCAUCAUAUGCACAUAUUCAGCUCUCUUUUCAGUUUGUUCAGCCAAGUGCUGAAAUGAUGACUCACUGUUAUGCUUCUGGAGUAAGAGAGAGCAAACCAGCU